AUAGCAACUUCCAUAUUGUUGAAAGAUGGCGGUCAUGCCAGUUUAAUAACCCCUGGUAUAUAGACAUUUCGUGUCCACACGGCAAACGACGAGCUAUCCACUGGCGUGAGCUAGGUGCAUUCGGUAGAGGAAAAAAACAUUUCUACUGAGAGCUGUAAUAUGGUGUCUGUUGAAACAAUGCCUACUAUUAAGGAGCGAGAAUUCUUGAUGCCGUCUGCAUCUCCCAAACACACAGGAUUCACUCCACGGCCUACAGAAAAACUGGCAAACAAAAAAAUGCCACGCUCAAUGCUCAAUAUUGAAUGCAAUCACAGACUGAGGUCUAGCCUGGAAAAUUCAACAUAUGGCCACCCUUCCAUUGAGUACCGGUUAUUUGUUGAAGCUGGAAAACACCAGGCACCAUAUCCUGAGAGACCAGAUCCUAAUUAUAACAGUAAUGUUUGGAGAAAUUUCCGACUGCAUUACGGAUUUCACACAACGACAGAAGGGCGUAAAACUUCUGAAAUGAUUGCAGCUAUGUACCCACUAAACAUUCCACCACCAUCAAAAGUGGGUAAAUACACUUUUGGGAAAUUUUUGCAAGAGACUCCUGUAAUUAAGGACCCCAAGAAAAGAGCCUUAGCUAUUAGAAGAACAAAUAAUGAACUUGCAGAUUUCAGGAAUAUGAAAGCAAAGAGUGAAAGCCGUUAUCCACCUAUUGAUGAAUUAGGGAAUAUACUUCCACCGGAACACUUCAAGAGAUAUGAACAAUCAUUCCAUCCUAUGCCAGACUUAACACAGCCACCCCCAGAAAAUUUAGAGGGAAAAAGAAUCGACAUUUUUGGUCGUUAUGUUAAAGACUCUCCAAGGAUGAGCUCAUUUAGGUGGAAAUUUUCCUACCGCCAAAACCAUCCAGAUUAUGAUAAAAUGAUGGAAGAGUAUGAAAAACGCAAGAACGCACCUCCAAGGAAAGUGCCUUUUACCACACCCCUAUUUCAUCCAGACACCACAGGACCAUGAAAAGUGGUGUUGAUAUAUCUGAAGAUGAUUUCAUGCCAGUUUUAACUUACACAUUCCUAGAACUUUCUAGAUUAAAAGGAGGUGUAAAAAAAUCAAAAAUUUAUUGCAUAUCUGUUUUUAAGUCUUCAUCUGUUUCAAAAUCUGUGGAACACAAAAUAAGCGAGUAAAAAAAAAUCACCUCCAUGAUACUUUUAUCUCAUAUGUACAGUUAAGAAGAAAGGCCUUUUUGUUUAGAAAAGUUUAUUGUGAAUCAACAUUUUAUCUAGAUUCCAUGCCAUAUCUCAUGCUGGGUCAACUAAGAGGGUAAAAAAGUACACUUUUUCAGACAAAAAAUUCUGGUUUGAAAUUGCAGACUACAAGCCUGAUGUAACUUAUAAAAUAUUUCUCUCUUUUGGUACUAUCAGUAAAUUUACUGAAGUACUUGUUUGGGGUAAAAAAUAAGGCAUAACAUUUAACAUAUACAAUUUAUAUAAUUUAAUGAUUACUGCUGAUUUUCUAUUGUAUCUAAGAUAUUGCUCAGCAACAAAGGUGUAUGCUCAAAGCAGGCAGCUGUCCUGAAAAAAAAUUACAGCUAUGCAAUACCAGGUUGUAAAACAAAUAGAUAUAUAUUAAUGUUGUCUGAGUCACAAAUUGCCAAGUAUUAUGUGUUAUGUUAAUAUAGAGCUUUAAAUUCAGGGUAUUCUCUGUUAUUUUUUUAGUAAUGCCUGCUGUGCCUUAUCUUGUAACCAAAAUAUUGUUGUGCAUUUUUUUUGUGGCCAAAAUACUGUUGGGCAGAAGUUUGUAUGAUGUCCUAGUCUUUUAUCUUACUAAGAAUACUCUUUUUUGUAAAUAUUUUGAGAAAUACUAUGCAAGAAAUUGCACAUUUUUUUCAGUAUCAUGAAUGUAACAUACCUGUUAAUUUGCAUGUAAUUUUAAUGAUAUUCACUGGUUAUCAAAAAACAAAAAUCACAAAAUGCUGAGCUAAAAACAACUUUUUACAUAGCGCUGGGUAACACGGUGGUUAAACUAGCAAAUGAUAAAACCUUCAAAGAAUUUGGAGGUUUUGCAUCAGUAAAGCAUUGUGUUGAUCACAUUGUGUUAACUAAUUUAAAGAUGCAUAUCUCCAAGAUUUAUGCCAAUUGUGACUUAUGCCAAUUGAGAAAUUUUUUGAUGUAUUUUUGUACAAUAAACAUGA